CACAAGUGUCAACUCUUACAGCAUGGCUUCUCUUCAAAUUCUUUACCAGCCCCAAGCUGUUACACGCUUCCUGAUUCUGUGUUUAAUUCUGGAGAUUGCCUCUGGUCAGGAUAAUAGGAACAAUCUGCUUUCACUAAAUUUGAAAGUUUCUUCAAUGAACAAGGCAAAUGAAUUUGCAAUAACACUCACAGUUACAAAUAACGUGGAUAAAUGCAUGGUGGUGAAAAUCAGUAUUGAGGAUAAUCCAAAUAUCAAAUACCUUUCUGCUAAAGCAACUUACACUGCUUGCAUUUGUACUGUAAACAACUACUUCUGGGAUAUUCAAGUCUUUGCAAACACCGUUUUACAAGGCAAAGCAGAAGUUGUUCCAGCUAAGGAAAUAUGUCCUGAUGGUGAAAACUUAUUUCCAGUAACUUCUUAUAUUGAGAAGGUUACAGGUGAAAUCCUUGUAACACCACAAACUAGUUGUCCCCCAUAGAUCCAUGAUACCAAACCACCGGAGGGAAUACAUAAUCUUUUCUAUCAAUUUCUGUAGUAAAAAUAUGUUGCUGUAAAAUUACCUCUGAAAAAUAUCAGUGAGAUAAAUAAACUUCUACAUCUUCAAAGUG